AUGCUAGAAGAGGAGUGGGAGCCGGCGAGGCGGCUUGUCUCGACCGCGGCGGCGGGGUUGCCCCGACAGACGCUGGCCAGAGCGCUGAUACCCGCGGCCACAGAUGCGGAGGCGUUCGAAACCGCCGUUGGCCUCAUCCAGGACAACCAUCUGGUGUCCGAGUUCCCGAACUAUGAGACGCUUCUGGGAAGCCGGGGCUGA